CUGCGCUCGGCCACGUGUCGGGACGCUUAAAAAGUUUGGCAGGGAGCGACGGCACGGCCAGAGAGCGGCUGGCAGCCGGGCAGCCAUGGGAGCCCUCUGCCGCCGCCAGUCCCCCGCCGCCGGCCCCCGGAGCAGCCUGGCGAAGGCAGCGGACGGCGUGGCGCUGCCGGGGUCCCCGCUGCUCCUCCUCUGCCUCCUGCUCCUCGCCUGCUCCAUGUCUGCCUGCCAAGGUGCUCCAAUGCCAUCCCAAGCCCUGGAGGCAGGUGAGGAUUUUCAGCUGUGGAAAGAGAUAGAUGAUGCAUGCUCUGCCUACCUGUCCAGAGAUGCUCAGCCUCAGGCACCCAGUGCAGUGGAAGAACUUUGCUUCUUGAUCAUGGGAUUCCUCCAGAAACCACAGGGCGUAGAUGAAAAAGACAACACCAAAAGGUUCUUAUUUCAUUAUUCUAAGGCUCAUGACUCAGGCAACUCAGACAUCAUGUCCUCUGUCCUGCAUCCCUUGCUGCAACUCGUUCCCCAGCUUAAUGAGAGAAGACUGAAGAGAUACAAACUGGACGAGGAGCUUCAAGGACCCAAUGGGAUUCAAAGCAGAGGCUACUUCUUCUACAGGCCACGCAACGGGCGGAGGGCUGUGGAUGUCCGCUGAGGAGGAUUUUAGCCUCCUACCCUAGAGCCAAUGCUGCAGGAAUGCUGAGUACAUGGACACAACUGUUUUGCUCUAAAAAAAGAAAGUAUUUGUUACUCUGUGUACUCCAAACCCACUCCAGUGUAAACGUUCCUAAAUUCCCUUUCCUUGAGGACUGAGAAGUUUCUUUGUGGGCUGUAUUAAAAGGACUUGCUCCCUGGUGUGACGUUGUUCAGUGCCCUGUGUUAAACAGCCCCAGAGCAUGCAUGCAACAGGCACUGCCUCUAACAGCAUUGUGAUGUGCAUUCCCUUAACCCCUGAUUAAUAAAGGCACUCAGUGGAUUGAAGGAGGAGGUUUGCAACACCUA